CACAGGGGUACAAGGGCCCAGCUUAAAUUCAGAGAGAUUUCGCAACCUAUAAGACUUUCUGAGACAGUAAGCAUUUUAAUGACUCAUUGUACACAAAAGAGAAUUUUUGCCACAAAUGCAGUGUGUUUUAUCUUUUUUAUGAAUUGCUUCAACUACCUUAAAACAAACAGCCAGAACAUAGCAUUCCGAACAGACAUAAGCAAGCUUGCUAAGAAACGAAAAAUUGUCCGCCUAAAAUUUCAAUGCCUCGCCUACAUUUGAAAAAUAACCAACCCAACUAAUGAGCAAUAUGGUUCGUCUAAUGAAAAGCAGUGUCAUAGUACUGCUCUUUCUUAUUAUAGCUAGCAUCUUUAGUAUUUUCUUUUCGAGCAUGCAAAAGACUGGAGAAACAACAAUUUUAAAGGAGUACUUUGAGAUUGGAUCGAUAUUGCCGCUUCUAUUUCCAGAAAAUGAUCGCAAGCAUUCAUGUGGUUGGGACGAGGAUAUUCUAGUUGGAAGAUUGCCAAUGGAUCUAAGAGAUGUUAACCUCGAUGAGUUUGCAAACAAAGAAACGUUUUUUAGAAACGUCAAGGCUGGGGGACAUUGGAAUCCCAUUCAAUGCAGUGCAAAGAGCAAGGUUGCUGUUAUAAUCCCAUUUCGCAAUCGUGAUAAACACUUGGCCAUUUUACUGCGAUAUUUGCAUCCGAUUCUUCAAAAGCAAAAGCUAGAAUACAGGAUUUUUGUUAUUGAACAGAUUGACGACAAGCCAUUUAACAAGGGCAAGAUGAUGAACGUUGGAUUCCAGCAUUCGCAAAAGUAUAACGAUUUUGACUGUUUUGUCUUCCAUGAUGUUGAUAUGAUACCAGAAGAUGACAGAAAUGACUACGGGUGUCCCUCAAGUGUGAGACACAUGGCUCCUGCAAUCAACAAGUUUAAAUACAAGCUUCUUUAUCACUUUAUUUUUGGAGGAGUGACAUCAUUCAAAAAAGAAGCAUUCAUUAAGGUGAAUGGAUUUGCAAACAAAUAUUACGGAUGGGGUGCGGAAGACGACGAUAUGUAUUACCGUGUACAAAGACACGAGUUUCGUCUUGUCCGGGCACCGUUUGAGACUGGUCGCUACACCAUGAUAAAACACAGUCAAAGUGAAAAAAACAAAAUGGCGAAGCAGCUCCUGGAUAGUAGAAGCAAAUUUAUCGAUAAAGAUGGACUAAGCUCUUUGAGAUAUUCUGUUGUGACAACAAAAAAUAUGACUCUGUACACAUGGAUUGGUGUCGAUUCACAAAUGACCGAAGAAGAGAAGAAACUCACAACAGCCCAAGGCAGUCAAAAUAGUACAACUGAAAGGGUAAAACUUGGCCAAUGAUUUCAUAAGCAGGACAAACAUCAUGCUGUAAAUAUAUGGACACGACAAUGGCCUAACACUUGCAGUAAAUCAAUGGACGCUUAGGAACUAAAAUGUUUUACGCCAAGCGUCGCAUUGCUUUGAUCUAUGCAUGCUAAAUUGCUUGUUGGUGUAACUCUGCAGUCAGAAUUUCAAAGCAAUGGCAGCUAAAAACUAGAAAAUGUUACAAUACCAAAUAUGAAAUCUUACUUUACACCUAACAAAAAUUAGGCUAUAAAUUGUACAACUCUACAAACAUUUUUUUCGUAAAUUCUUCGUUUUUCCUUUGUUUGCAUUCAUUUGCUCUGAAUGCACAAAGAGCAUCAUCA